UUAUAACUUGAGAGUGUAUUAUAAUAUUGUUUGCUAUACAAAUGCAACCUAGAAUCAACAUCAGGCUUAUACUUUUCUUUUGAUUUAAAUUAGGACGAGGGAGGAAUAAAAAAUUAACCAUACAGAUACUGUGGUUGGUUUUAAACCGUUGUAUAAAAACAGACGAGAAUGACAACAUCCGAGUUUAAAAAAUAGUGCCCAAAGUUUUUGCUUUUCAGUGACAAUUAAAACUUCACUUAUUAUGUUUAUUUUCUGUGGUCAAAACAUUAGGCUUGAUUAAUGCAUACAUGCAUACAUUUACCAGCAUGCAGCUCGAUUAACAAUUUCAGAAUAGUGUUUUUAUUGUCAUGGAUUGUUCUGACUUUGUGUUCCAAUUAAUUUAUAUUCAAGGGAUUAUGCAGCAAAGAAAGGAGAAGGUCCCUCUGAAAGUGGUUUGGAAGAAUCAACGAGAUCAGGUCCAUAGUCAACUAGACUCAAAAUCAUGUGAUCUCUGGAAAUGCAUCAGCCAGCACUGUUAUGGAGAGUCCAAACAGACAUAGCAUUUGUUAUGCAGUUAGGGCUCUUAUCCCAGAUCCAGCAAAAACUUUUCAAAUCAUGGUCAAAGAUUUAAGAGAACAGAAAGAAAAUUAGAGCGAACCAUUAUAUCCUCUAAAACCAUCAAAGUCACCACCUUUCUGUAUGGAUCUUUCCUAGCAGAACUUGGGGAUGAGGUGUAUGCAGAUGAUUCACAUGACCUGAAAAAGAGGACUAUGGAAAUGUUUCACAGCAGGAUUGAUGAACUCAACCAAGAGCACAUUCUUGAUUCAAUGGCUGUAGCAGAUGGCUCAGUUUGUGUACUGUUAGCAACCAUUGCUUAUGGUAUGGGCAUUGACUGUAAGGAUGUCAAGGUUGUUUUACAUUAUGGGCCUUCAUACGACUUGGAGACAUACUUACAGGAGAGUGGAAGAGCUGGGAGAUAUGUGUCAGCGACAUGUAAGGCAGUUAUGCUAUAUUCCAGUCCGAUGAUGAAGUAUUGUGAGGAGGAAAUUAAAACUUAUGCUCGGGAUUCAUCAAAAUGCAGGAGAAAAAUGCUCCUGGAAAGCUUUGAUGAUGAUGGUACCAAUUUGCCAUCAUUUGAAACCUCUCAUCAGUGCUGUGACAAUUGCUAAAGAAACUGGAAAUGUCAGGGGGAUUCCUGUGAUUUUGUUUUCUUUCCCUUACCUACCUCAGAGAUGCAAGAGGCCUCAGUUGAACACUCUCUUUCCAGAGAAAUGAGCGAUGGACAAAGAGAAACUCUUUGGCGGAAACUAAAUUACCUGAAGGUGGCUCUCGACAAGCAAUAUCUUUGCACUGCAAGGAGUGUUAACACUCUAAUGUUUACUCCAGCAAAGCUGUAUUGUGCACUUGGA